AUGGUGGUGUGCAGGGGUUGUGGAUCUUCUAACACGGACGAUCACCAUCAAUGCACGCCAAAAUGCAAGUUGUGCGGAGGUCCGCACAUAACGGCAGACAAGAUCUGUUGGCAACGGUACCAGAUUCCCUACGUUGUGAGAAGAAGGAGAUGGGAGAAGGCGGCAGAAGCUUCUGGAAGCAAGGACGGUGAUGACAUGGCCUGGAGCCCACUCACACAAGAAUGCAAGGGGCGCUCUAGCUCUAAAGGGCGCUCCCACUCUAGGGGACGUUCCCGCACCAAAGCCGGAUACAGAUCCUGGUCCAGGGGGCGCUUUCGUUCCAGAGGGAGCUCCCGCAACACAGCCACGUCCAGAUCCCGGUCUAGGGGGCGCUCCGGUUCCCGGCGCCGAGAAGGAGAGGUGCGGUUCGAGACGAGGAGGUCGCGCUUUAGGGAUCGCCAACACGGGGGCCAGCCAUCAUGGGCCGACCGAGUCCGUCAAGGUGCAGCGGAAAAGGUAACGCGGGGUUCACCGCCAGAGUGUGACAGGGAUAAUGAGAGGCUAGCGCAACUCGAACGAGAAAAUAAGGAGAUGAGAGACACGAUAGCUAGACUUAUGGCUGAGAUACCUGAGAUUAGGAGUGGAGGAGGCCAACAGCCGGUUGAGGUCGUCAGGGAAUCGAUUCAGUCAACGGAGGUGCCCGUAGUCGAAGAAUGCGAGAGGCCUGCCAAAAAGAGGGCCAUAGUUAGCGAGCAGGAUAAGGCCUCGGGUAGAGCUAGGUCGGAGAUUCGCGAAAUGCUGUCUUCACUCAGCGAGAGCAUAAAACAGCUAAGCGAGACGGUCUCGCGCAUCCAGGGUAGCAUGCUUGCCACGGAGGAAGGAUACAAUCAGAGGUUUUGCAAGAUAGAGUCGUUUUUGGAAAACGUCGUUGCACCCGUCAUGGGUCCGAGAGCGCUGCCACUUCCGGCGACGGAUAAUUCAACGACGCAAUUGCAACAGCAACACGAUGGCCGCACAAACUAG